AUGGCGGGCAGCUCCUUCCAAAUGAGCCUGACCCUAGCCGAGAGCGGCGAUGAUCAUGUCGUUUACGCCUCAACUGACGACGGCUUCAACGACGACGACGCCAGUGAGGCUAGCGACGACUUUGCCAAUGACCGUACAACUGCGCCUCCCUCGAGAUCUGGUCUGGCUGACCUUAUCGAUCUUUCCGAUGGCGACUUCGCAACCAGCCCAUCCGGCACUGCGGACAGCAGCCCCUCCAAGGCCAACCAACCGGUGCCUCCUCAGCCUGAUGCGCCCUUCCCAGGAGACAAGCAGAAUUCGUCCCUGGACAACUAUCCUCAGGCGACCAAGACUCCUGACCCGAAUGCCCAGCCUUUCGUGCCUCUGGAGCUAGAGCGUGUUGCCCCCUCGUCCAGCAACUCCUCUUACACCGAUGCUCGCCAAAGUCUCGACUCCCGAGAUGAUCAGAUCCAGUCCCUCACCAAUCGCGUCAAAGAGCUCGAGCACGGUCACGAGACUCUGAAGCGUGAGAAUGACGAUCUCGACACCGUCAACGAAAAGCUGAAGCUCAAGGCGCGCAAGGAUGAUGAGAGCCUUCGAGAACUGAGAGAGCAGCUUGCCGAGGAGCUGAAGCGCAGACUUGGUUCCGAGAAGAAGGCUGUUGAAGUCGAUGAGAAAAAUGCAGAGCUCCAUGUGGAGGUGGCUCGACUUCAGGAGGAAAAGGCUGAAAUGGAGCCACAACUUGAAGAGUACAAGAAGAAGUUGGAUGGGUCUCAGAAGAGCGUCAGGCCUCUUGAAAACAUGGUUCACACCCUGCAACGUCAGGUUCUCGACAAAACACAACGCAUCAAGGAGAUUCAACUCUUCGCUGCCGACCAUCUUGCCAAGAAUCCUCAGGAUAUUCCCGAGUUCGCCACUAUGGAUCUGUUUCCACAUGGCGGUAAGCAGGAGCGUGAAUCCGGAAAGGAGGUCAAUCCGGAACUUUUGAUCUCUUUUGACGGUGCUGCCGAUAUGAGCGCCUUUGGAAGUCAGCUGAACGAGUCUCAGAGCGAGAUCGGAACCCCCUUCACCGCCUCCUCCAUCAGAGCCCCCUCAACUCCCCAGCCCCAUCAUGCUUCCAAAGACCUUCUCGAUGACGACCCAGCAGAUACAACAAGCCCCCAGAGCUUGCCUAUCAUGACCCCCUCCACCCCCAAGUUGCAGCGGGAAGAGUCACUGACGCCUCAGUCAACCACCGAGUCACACACCGCCGAGCCCAAAAGCCCCUCCGACAACCUCGCGGGUCCUCCAAAGGACGUUAGCGGACUUGAUUGGAGUCCGGACUCUGAUCAGCUCUGGAUCUCUGAGUUCCAGAAAGCUCAGGCCAUCCGCAAUCACCAGGGAGCUCGAAGCACCGGUCACACUCCCGGUAUGUUUACUUAUGGGAUUCGGUUUGUGCGCCAACACAACAGGCAGAAGCUAAUGACAGAGGAUGGCAUCCCAGAUGUUGCAUCUCGCAGGGUCAUCAUGUCAGGUCUUCCCGACGGGGUUCAUGUUCAGCGAAUUCUCGAACACGUCCGCGGCGGUAAGAUUCUGAAGGCUCAUACGGUGACGAUGGGCAGAGGUGAGGCUCGCAACAAUCUUGCUUGCAUCGAGUUCGCCGAUCCCGAGGAUGCGAUGGAGUUCUACCGCUUCAAUCGAUUCCGCGAAUUUGGAUUCUGCGUCGAGUCCACAUCUGUCAGAACCCGCCUGACGAUGCCCUCCACCGACUCCUUCCCCCUGAGCGAUGCUUUGCAGGCUCGUUUAGGUGAGGGCUGUACUCGCUGCCUGUCUGUCACUGAUUUCCCGGUCAUCCAUUUGCAGACUAUUCUGGAGUUCGCAGGAAUGUCCAACAACUUCGCCGACACAAUCACUCACUUCGCCUGUUCUGAUGACGGAAGCUUCGAGAUCUCCUUCUCCGACAUUCGUUGUGCCAUCAACAUUCGCGAGUACAUUCUUCGGUCCAAGUUCUUUGAGGGAGAACGAGGGGGAACUGGCGUGUGCUUCAAACCCGACCCCUGCCAUGCUCCUGUUGAGAGCCUUCAGAUUCCGUUCCUGCCCAUCAAGGCCACGUCUGACUUGACAAUCCUGGACCCGAAGAAUGCUCGUCUCUUCAUGACUGAAGAGCAAAGAAAGCUGGACAGCGAGCUGCUGCAAGAGCAGGUCAUGGCAGCGGCUGACCCAGAUGAUGCCGACGCUUUUCAUGAGCAAGAUCUUAGAAAGAACAUCGUCUGGGAAAACAAAGUGGACUGGGACAGCUUUACGCCCUACAUGGCCUUCGACAAGGACCAACGUCGAAGAGUGCUGCACAGGAAAGAUCCCGAGUCUGGCGCUGUCCAAACCCAAUAUUUUGGUAGUUGGGUGCAGUCUCCCGCAGAGUCGCGCAAGGAGUGGCUGCACCACAAUCAGCACAGCCCCCACCCAUGGACUCAGACAACUGCCGAUCUUUUCUAUGCCGCUACUGGCGACAUUGAUAUGCGCAAGAGCAUCGUUGUCGACGACGGAGGUCUUGAUGGAGACGCCGACCAGGCUCUGAACACUCCGACGCCCAGGGAGAUUCGGCGGCAGGCAUCGUCCACCACCUCCUUCUACUCAGCCGAAUCCCCUCUCUCGGAAGUCAACCGCGGAUACCCGACCCUCGACGACACUUCUCAGCAUGUCCCAAUGGGCGUCUUCGUCAACCACGUUGGCAGCAGCUCGGGGCUGGCCAUUCCCUCUCUUUUGGAUGGAGAUACCAACGUCGAUAUGAACAACUCUGUACAACGCACGCAGAAUCUACCCCCACACAAGCGUGGCAAAACCCGUGGAAGCACCUCCGGCUACUCCUCUCCUGCUCCCUCGAUCAUGAGUGACGAUACUGGAGGACAAGUCUACGGCAUCUCAAAGGCAGGCUUCAACCAGCUUGCUGCUAAGAUUGCGAGAGACACAAGUGCGACAUCUAGCAAGGCAAUUGGAAAGAGACCAGUUGCGCAGGCUCACUUUUGGUAA